AUGGCUGGGAUAUACAGCUCUACUCUGAAGACCCUGGAGGAUUUAACUUUGGACUCUGGUUAUGGGGCAGGGGAUUCCUGCAGGUCCCUUAGUCUCUCUUCUUCCAAGUCCAACUCCCAAGCCUUCACCUCUUCUCAGCACAGAGGCAACUGGUGGUACUACUCGGGCUCCAUGAACAGUAGGAAUAACAGCUGGGAUACCGUGAACACUGUUCUGCCGGAAGACCCCGAGGUUGCAGAUAUCUUUUCCAAGUGUCCUAAGCUGCCGGAUCUAGAGGAAUACCCUUGGACUGAUGAGGACAUCGGAAGAAUACUCAGAAAAGGGAAGGGAGACGGCAAUAGCAGAACCUUUUCUCAGGAAGCUGUCAGGCGGCUCUCGCAGUUACUGAGGCGCGCCUUGAUCAGGGUCUCCAGGGAGGCUCAGCGGCUCAGCGUGAUGCACUCCAAGUGCACCAGGUUCGAGGUGCAGAGCGCUAUCAAGCUCAUCCAGAGCUGGUCGUUGUCGGAGAGCUGUGUCUUGGCGACUGUCAAGGCGCUUUCUCUGUACAGCAUGAGUGCUGGCGACGGACUGAGGAAAGGUAAAUCGGCGAGAUGCGGCCUCACCUUUUCAGUGGGGAGGUUUUUCAGGUGGAUGGUGGACACUAGGAUCUCGGUUAGGAUCCAUGAAUACGCAGCCAUCUCUUUAACCGCGUGCAUGGAAAACCUUGUAGAAGAGAUUAAGGCUAGGGUUUUGGCGAGUCAGAGCCCGGAUGGUGGAGGAGGGGAGAUCUCCGCUGAAAUCCUGGAGAUGGUUAUCAACAACGAUGCUGAACUUUGGGGAGUGUUGCAGCCUUACGAGCAUCUCAUCUGUGGGAAAAAUGCUAACGGUGUGCUGUCCCUGCCUGCCUACUUUAGCCCAUACAACGAUGGCUCUGUGUGCAGCGAUGGACGGGCUGAUGCUUAUGCCCAGCUGGAACUCCGAACUUUAGAGCAGUCUCUGUUGGCAACUUGCGUUGGAAGCAUCUCUGAACUGAGUGAUCUGGUAUCACGAGCAAUGCACCACAUGCAGUGCUUGAACACCAUCCGCCCAGGAAUGAGCCCCAUUCGGCAAACCCGGCAGCAGCAACCCAUCUCCUGGUCCCCUGAUGCUCUCCACACCCUUUACUACUUCCUACGCUGUCCUCAAAUGGAGUCCAUGGAGAACCCCAACCUCGACCCUCCAAGAAUGACCCUGAACAAUGAACGCGUAACUGCGUGUGCAUGGGCAGCUCAGGCCGCUUCGCGGGAUGCUACCUAUCAGGCAUCAGUUAUUCCUGCAGUCAAGCCAGAUUACGUUGUCAGCCUUGCCAAGUUUAUGAAGCCUUGGAAUUGGAACUGGAAA